AUGGGUUUCGGGACUUUGGCACCGCCCUAUGACAUCCUCUUUGCUGGCUCCUUCGACCAGGCGAAGCAGCGGGCGGGGGCGGAGGGCAAGUGGCUGUUGGUGAACGUGCAGUCGACGGGGGAGUUUGCCUCACACAUGCUGAACCGGGACGUGUGGGCCGUGCCAGCUGUCAAGGAGACCAUCUCCACCUACUUCCUCCUCUGGCAGGUGGACGCGGCGGCAGCGGAGGGGGCGAAGGUGUGUGGGUACUACGGGGUGGAGGCGCUGCCGGUGGUGAUGGUGCUGCACCCCUCCACGGGCCAGCGCAAGCGCUGCUGGCAGGGCGCGCUCUCUGCUGACCAGCUGCUCCAGGACUUGAUGCCGUUCAUCGACCGUGGCCCCGUUGGGGGCGCACCCGGGGCGGGCGGGGAGGUGCGGCCGCCCAAGAAGCUGCGUGACGUGCCCACGGGAGGGGAGGGGGAAGCAGAGGGCGCGGGGACUGUGGGGAGCGGUGACGAGGACGAGGAGGAGCAGCUGCGCCUGGCGCUGGCAGCUUCUCUGGAGGGGCACAGAGAGGAAGUGGGGGGGGAUACAGAGGGACGGAGAGGCGAGGCAGAUGGGAGGGAGCAGGGUGGGGCCGUAGGGGCAGGCAGGGAUGAUACCUUGCAUGCAGCAGAAGGGGAGCAGGAGCAGCAGGGGGCGUUGGCAGGAGGGGCAGCAGAGGAGGAGGUUGAGUUACCAGAGGAGCCUGCAGUGGGCACUCCUGCCAGCUGUCGCAUCGCCAUUCGCUGCCCGGAUGGCACUCGAUUGCAGCGGCGGUUCCUCUCCUCGCACUCUCUCCAGCUGCUGAGGGCGUGGUGUAGGCAGCAGGUGCCAGAGGCGGCAGCGGGGAGGCCCUUCCGUCUGUCACAGGCGCUGCCCGGCUCCUCUCCGCUCGACCUCUCCUCGCCCACCACCAUCGCCGAUGCCGGCCUUGCCAACUCCCUGCUCGCCCUCGCCUGGGACUGA